AUGUCGUUGUGGCGGGCAACAAUAGGAGCAAAACCUUCGGUACCGCCGAAACCGGAGAAAGAUGAUGAAUGGGAAACGGACCCUGACUUUGUAAACGAUAUUAGUGAAAAGGCUAGUCGUUGGGGAGCGAAAACUGUCGAAGGGUCCGGUCAUCAGGAGCACUUCAACAUGAACGAUCUUAGACAAGAAGCGCUAAUUGCAGAAAAGAUCCAGCAGGUUUAUUUGAUCAUUGUUUGUAAUCCUUACUUUGUGAUGUGUUUACAAUAUUUUCUUCAGGAGAAGAAGCUUGACCAAAUGCCAAAAGCAAGUGAAGGAUAUGGAGGCAAAUUUGGAGUGAUGACCGAUCGAAUGGACAAGGUUGGUUGCUUGUGGAGGUUACCAUUUGAUGUUGGAAGAUCGAUGCCUUCGAUUAAUUGUUCAGUAAUUUUACGGUUUUCUAAGCUACACAGUUGUUCUUCUUUUAAGGCAGCUGUAUCCUUCGAUUAUAAAGGCAAAGUGGAAGCUCAUGCUUCACAGAAAGAUUAUUCUAUGGGAUUCGGUGGAAAAUUCGGUGUUCAGUUGGACAGGAGGGACAAGUCUGCUGCUGGUUGGGACGAAAAGGUUGAGUUGUCGAAACACGAAAGCCAAAAAGAUGCCUCAGCUGGAUAUGGCGGACGAUUCGGCGUCCAAACGGAUAGGAAGGACAGAUCCGCAGCAGGAUGGGACGAAAAGGUGGAGCUGUCUAAACACGAAAGUCAAAAAGAUGCAGUAACGGGCUACGGUGGUCGGUUUGGAGUGCAGACUGAUCGUAAGGAUAAAUCUGCCGCAGGUUGGGAUGAGCGAAAUGAGCUUACAAAACAUGAAAGCCAAACUGAUUACAAAAAGGGAUUUGGAGGCAAAUUUGGCGUGCAAAAAGAUCGUCAGGAUGCCGCUGCUGCUGGCUGGGAUGCAAAGGAGCAAGUCCCAAAACACGCCAGUCAAACUGACUACAAGCAAGGUUUUGGAGGGAAGUUCGGCAUCCAGAAAGACAGACAGGAUAAGUCUGCGUUUGGUUACGACGUUCAUGACAAUCUAGAGAAGCACGAGAGUCAAACAGACUACAAGAAAGGUUUUGGAGGGAAGUUUGGUGUUCAGAAUGACAGGCAAGACCGUAGUGCAGCUGGGUUUGAGUAUCACGAAAUAUUAGCUAAGCACGAAAGCCAAUUAAUAAAUAAGGAUAUAGACAGAAAAAACGACCAAACCUGUGGUGACGCACCUAUGAAGCCAUCAAAGAAAAUAGCUGGUGACUGCAAUCAAGAUCCAGCUACUGAGACCUCUCGAGCGUCAGAGUUACGUGCUAAGUUCGAGAAAAUGGCUACCGCUGAUAGUGUGGAUCGUGUCGCAGCAGAACGAGAAAAGAGGAAACGUGAAGAUGAUAUGUUACGAGAACAGCAACGUCGAGAAGAGGAAGAACGAAUGCGACGUAUUGAGGAACAGUGGAAGAAACAAGAUGCAGAGUAUCCUAUGGGUGCGGAAGAAAGACGUGCUGAAGAACUUGCUAAUGAGCAACACCAUCAGCAGAAUUUGGCGAAACGUAGUGCGGGCCCUGCUCCAGGUGCAGUAGCAAUUAUGCCUGGGAUUGCUAAACAGAUGGUUCCUCAGGGAGCUGUAAAACCGAAACUUGAGGUGAAAGAUAGCCAUCGAUCUUCUCCAAUCUUAGUUCCACCUCCUAUGAAAGAUGGGACGGCACGAGAACUUUCUGACGCACACGAAUCACAAAUUCCACGAGGUAUUUAUUUGUAG